ACAAGCAGGCAGAUGUUCGGUGAACACGUGAUUACAUGUGUGAAAACUAACUAAACAACAUCACUUGGUUUGUCAGGAUAGGUCACUGUGAUUUAUUUGACACAUUUCUGCGAUUUUGCUGAAUUACAGUAGCUGUUCAGACUGAUCAAGAUGAGCUCUCCAACGAAAGCCAGUACUACAGAACCUCAUGUAAUCAAAGAGGAGUUGGUAGCGAGUGGAAAUUGGUUGAAGCUUGAGAAAACCACUUAUGUCGAUCCUUCUGGAAGCACCAGAACAUGGGAAACUGUAAAGAGAACAACCCGAGUCGCCAACUCAGCAGCUGAUGGUGUGGGAAUCAUAGCUCUUCUAAAGAGGACUCUACACAAAGACUGCGUCGUCAUGGUCAAGCAGUUUCGACCGCCCAUGGGAUGCAACACACUGGAGUUUCCUGCAGGUCUGAUAGAUGAAAACGAAAGUGCUGAAACUGCUGCUCUGAGAGAACUAAAGGAGGAAACUGGUUAUAAAGGGGAGGUAGUGGGUGUCACACCAGUAACAUGUUUAGACCCGGGCUUGUCUAAUUGCAGCACAAAAAUUGUUAUGGUACAUAUUAAUGGAGACGAUAUUGAAAAUAUAAACCCCACUCAGCAGCUGGGUGAUGGAGAAUUUGUGGAGGUCAUUCUUCUACCUCUGGAUCAAUUUCAGCAAAAAAUUGAUGAGCUACUGCAGAAAGAGAAAAUAGUGGUGGACUGCAAGGUGUACAUUUAUGCAAUGGGAAUGUCUCAAGCCUUCUUUAAACCCAGAGAGCUGCCCGUGCUGAAGCAGUGAAUGCACACAUCUCUCUUCAGGAAUGCAAAGAAGACAGUUUCUGAGCUGUAACACACUUUUAUGAGCUCAUUAGAGAGAUGAAAUCAGUACUUGACCAUGGCUUACAUGUUUUACCACAGUUGCCUCAACAUUCCUAACAAACUAACAGUACUUAAUUAACAGGUGAUCAGUGUUUUGCACAGUUUUAGAAUUUAUGAUUGCAAAUAUGACUUUGUCUGACAAGAUUAAUCUAAAGUGUUGGGUUAUUUUUCCAGAUAUUGUAACCACAUUGUAAUCUUUGUCUGCUGUUGACCCAUAACAAUGAAAUACCAUUAAAAAAUUAAGAAGAAAAUAAAUAAAUCUCCUUAAUAAGGAAACUCUUUGAAUUAUGAUCAGAUCUUAAUAUACAUUUAAAACUGACCCUAAAUGUGUGUUUUUGACGUACUGUAAAUAUGUAUUAACAAAAGGUCAGUAGAAUAUUGUUAUAGAUUAUCUAUCCAAUUGUCAACAGGCCUGCAAUAUGUAGGUAACGCUGGAAACUGCAUAUGCAAUUCUGUAUACCUGAGUAACUAUUCCUUUUUUAUCUAAUAAAAUCUGACAGUUUAGAUUUUG